GAAGAUGACAUCGCGAGAAGGUGUGUUUCCGGAAGACGUGGCUGUUGCUGCAGUGGCAGCUGUCAGACCAAAUUCCUCCUCCGACAGCAGCCACUGAAACAGUCUGUCCGCCUCUCGCACACCUUCGCCCCUUCGUCCGGCGUCAAGAUGAUUUCGCUAACGGACUCGCAAAAGAUUGGAAUGGGAUUAACAGGCUUCGGCGUGUUUUUCCUCUUCUUCGGGAUGAUCCUGUUCUUUGACAAAGCGCUGCUGGCUAUCGGAAACAUCCUGUUUGUUGCUGGACUUGCCUUCGUCAUUGGGCUAGAGAGGACCUUCCGCUUCUUCUUCCAGAAGCACAAGAUGAAGGCGACCAGUUUCUUCCUGGGGGGUGUGCUUGUGGUGCUGAUUGGCUGGCCCAUUGUCGGGGUCGUGCUGGAGGUCUAUGGCUUCUUUCUGUUGUUCAGGGGUUUCUUCCCAGUUGCAGUAGGGUUCAUCAGAAGAAUACCUGUCCUCGGCUCUAUCCUAAACCUGCCGUUCAUCAGUGCAUAUGUGGACAAAGCUGGCGAGAGCAACACCAUGGUAUAACAGUGACUUUUUGUACCCACUGAAGGCUGUUUGAGCACAGCAGGUUUUUUAAAGCUACACAAUCUCCCAUCGGGCUGAUUUAAAGCAACUUUAGGUUAUAUUUUCAGAUUCCUCCCUCCUCCAGCAGGCAAAGACUGCUCUCUUGUCUUAUCCGUAAUUUCACUGGUCAGCGCUACCAAUCAAAGGCUCAUCAGCGCACCGCGCCGCCAGUUUGAUACUCAAGGAUGGAGUUACUAAGGUCACCACAAUAAAUAUUUCAAACGCCAUUGAUCUCAUCAUAGUUGAACGCAUCUGGCAAGAUAAUGGAGGAUAGAAGAUUUCUUCAAAGGCUCAUUGACUCUGUCUACGUGACUUUCUUACUCUGUGGAAGAAACAGACUAAACCACCCCCUCCACAAGGAUGAGAAGUGGACCGACAGCUCUCCAUGUUGUAAUUUUUCUGUGCCUCUGCUUUAACUUUAUUUGGACAAAUGCUUUUUAUGUCCAGUUGUUUGUCUUCAACCGUGGGCUCUAUUUUAACGACCUGGACGCAUGGUGUACAAGUAUUUUUGGUUAUGUCCAAAUUGACUUUUGCUUGUUUCAAGGCAAAAAAAAAAAAAAAAGG